UUUCCGCUGACCUGCGCCGUGCAGAACUACGCGUGGGGAAAAGUCGGGCUGGACAGCGAAGUAGCCAAACUGGUGCUUGGCGGGGACCCGCUGGCUGUCAUCGAGGACGGUAAACCUUACGCGGAGAGCACGAGACAUGGUGCGUCGAGAGGAGCUGUGGUCCUGUAAGAGGAAAGCUGGUGCGCCAGAGAAAUAUUAUUUGAUUAGUUCAGGGCACGUUUGAGACCUGUGUGGCGCUGGAGCGACAGAAGACUUCAAGGUAGAGAGUAGGGAUGCAUCAAGGAUCAACCCUGAGUCCUUUAUCGUUUGCAAAGGCAAUGGGCGGUUUGACAGAUGAGGUCAGACAGGAGUCUACAGGGAUUAAGAUGUUUGGAGAUGACGUUGUGAUCUGCACUGAGAGGAGGGAGAAGGUAAAAGAGAACCUAAGAAGGGUGGAAGUACUGCAUGUACUGGAGCGAUGAGGAAUGAAGGUCAGCUGCAUGACAGAUCAUGUGCGACAAAAGGAGGCCAGUUGAAUGGUGGGACUGCAAGGAGUUGAAACGGAGAAGGUGUAGCAGUUGAAGUCGUGGGAUCAACUGUUCAAGUCUGGAAGAGAAGUGAAAAAGGGAGUACCAGGAAAGGUUUAGAGGACAGUAGUGGCACUGGCAGUGUUGUAGGAUUUGGAGACAGUAGCUGUUAAGCAAAAGGCGGGAGACAGAUUUGGAGAUGGCAAAGUAGAAGAUGGUGAGAUUGUCUUUGCCAAAGUCAAGGAUGGACAGGAUUAGGAAUGGGAAUGGGAACAUCUGAGGGUCAGCACAGACUGGAAAGUGCGGAAACAAAACCAGAGAGGGGCCAGACUGAGAUGGUGUGGAGCUUCAGCCUUUAUUGACUGUGUAUACAUGUGAUAGAAGGGAAAAUGCUUCUGUCUUCUACCCCACCCAAGACAUUUCUAAAGUGCAUGAGUCCGCGCAAACCCGAGCGUGAUCGUGCCGCCGUCAUUUCCGCUGAUUCCAGCUGUGGAUGGGCACCCACCCCAAAGGUGACGCCCAGAUCAAAGACAACAGGAUCGCGCAGACCACGCUGGGCCAGUGGAUCGCCCACUUCCCAGCGUGCCUGGGCUCCAAGGUCAAGGACACCUUCCAGGGGCAGCUGCCCUUCCUCUUCAAAGUCCUCUCCGUGAACACCGCCUUGUCCAUACAGGCCCACCCCAACAGGGAUUUAGCCGCUCGUCUUCACGCCGAGUUUCCAGAGCACUACCCAGACAACAACCACAAGCCAGAGAUGGCCAUCGCGCUCACGCAGUUCCAGGGUCUUUGCGGCUUCAGGCCACUGGAGGAGAUCCUCGGAUUCCUUAAGUCCGUGCCGGAGUUCCGCGCCCUGGUGGGCGACGAGGCGGCCGAGGAGCUGCGGCGCAGCGCGGGCGACGCGGUUCGCACCGAGCGGGCGCUGAAGAAGUGCUUCACGAGGAUGAUGAACUGCGAGAAGAAAGUGUUUGUGGAUCAACUCAACAUGCUUGUCAAGAGAGUCACCGAAGAAGGUGCGACGGGCGAGGACACGGCGAGCAGCAACGGCGAGCUGCUGCUCCGCCUCCACUCCCAGUACCCCGGAGACAUCGGCUGCUUCUCCGUCUACUUCCUCAAUCACGUGCUCCUGGAUCCCAACCAGGCCAUGUUCCUCGGCGCUAACGAACCGCACGCUUACUUGUACGGAGAUUGCAUCGAGUGUAUGGCGUGCUCCGACAACACGGUGAGAGCCGGCCUGACCCCGAAAUACAUCGACGUCAACACGCUUUGCGAGAUGCUCGAUUACAGUCCGGCCCCCCCCGCCGCCAAGAUUUUCUCGCCAGUUCAGGACGGCUCGGAUCCUUGCGUGACCGUCUAUGACCCCCCUGUGCCGGACUUCACCGUUAUGAGGAUACAGGUGCCCGCCUCCGCGAAGCAGUACACAGUGGCGCCCGUCGACAGCGCCAGCAUCCUGCUGGUCACCGAAGGCGACGCCACCGCCACCCCGGCCGCCGCGCUGUCCGACGUCAGCCUGAGGCGCGGGAGCGUUUUGUUCGUGUCGGCCAACGAGAGCGUGCCGCUGCACGUGGCCUCGCCGUCGGGCGUGACCAUGUUCCGGGCCUGCUGCUUGUUGUAGCUGUGAGUCGAGCGUGCGUGUUGACGGGGAUUUCAGACUCUGACGUCAACUACUUUAAGUGGCGCAAAUAUGUAGUAAACAACCACUUCCACGAUCUUGCAAUAACUUCGCCCUGACAACUAACAUUUACACAGGGGGUGUCCAAACGAGAGUGCAGGGAUCAUUUGUGGCCGGCUUUCAUUUUUUUGCGGCUGGCCGCAACACUACACAAAUGGUGGUGGGGAUCAGUGUAAAAAUUGUACGAGAUGCCCCUGAUAAUUCUUACGACUACUACUAAAAUAUUAUAAUCGUAGGCGGGUGGUCAUGUGCUGCAUUUACUCAAUUAACAUACUGGAUAAAUGUUACUUGUCAGAAUACCGUAAUUUCCGGCCUAAAAGCCGCAACUUUUUUUCCACACGCUUUCAACCCUGCGCUUUAUGCGGCUAAUUUGUGCAUUUUUUUUUUCCCAACGGUUGCAAGGGUGCACUCGGGUGGAAAAGGUAAGAAUGAUACCGGUGGAAUAUAUGUGCCAAGGGAGUGACUUUUACCGGCCCUGUUAGCGCUGCGCUAGCAUGUCGCUGCUGUGUUUCAGGCGUGUCUCGGUGAUGUAUACCGGUAGGUUUUAUUUUAACCGGCCCUGUUAGAUUUAGCACGGCGCUAGGGUUAGCCCCGCGCUAACGUUAAACUCUUUCUGUGUACCGAGGCUUAUAACCAGGUACGCUCUGUAGGCCGGAAAUUUCGGUAGCUCGAAUGCACAAUACUUUUUCCUGUUGCUUGAGUAUGUUAAGAUGAAAAUAGUUUUGAGCCACUGCGGUCGCUAAUUUUAGUUCUCCAUUAUCUCGGGGGCAGUUGUGACAAUCCAACAUGGUGACUCGUGUCAUUUAACACCAUCAAAUCGGAUGGUGCCAGGCCGUCACAUGACUGAAAACAAACCCUUCAUGGGCCAACCAAAGUGACUCAGUUUGGGGUGGGGGUGAGCCACACAAGUGUUUACACUCUCGGAUAAACAACAUUAUGACGCAGUGUAGUGUCGUUUUGCAUCUUAAGUAAAAGUACUUUUACUUGUCAUAUUAUUCUAAAAGUACUUACUUGGGUGCAAUGUUUGACAACUUGACCCAGCUUUGCUGAUAUCAUAUACAUGUAUCAGUGGGUCGAGGACUUUUUACAUCAAAAGUACUACCGCCAAUAAAAGUUAUUUGCAAUUUUUUAUGUCGUAAAUAUUUGAAAAAUUGUUGUAAAGGAUUGUGUACAAUUGUGUUUAAAAGUUAAGUUCAAAUGAACUGUACUGGAGGGAAACGGUUUGGACACCCCCUGAUUGACGCUGUUAAAAUAUAGCUGGAUAAAAAUGGCGCAAGCUACUUUGUCAAAGUCUGGGUUAAUGAAAAUCACCAAGUAGCACCUGGAUGGGGAGAUGUUGUUUCAUGAAAUACAUACAGCAUCUUCUCCCGAUUCAUCCGUCAGUGUGGUGAAAAGCACACUUAAACGUCUUGUGGACCUCGAGAUUUUUACCUCACGUCAAACAGGGUUGAUUCAUUUCCAAGGAUGUGAAAACUUUCGGUUGGAUUUUUGCUCCACGUUUACGCCGAAGCGAAACGAGUCGGCCGUUUGGACAGAACUCGAAAACACUGAAUCAUGUUCUCAAAAAAAAAAAAAUGGAAACUGCUAGUUUGAGGGGAGAAUUACGGCAUACGAACUGAGGCGGGAUGCUGAAUCGUGUUGACGUCAACGCUAGUGGACAAUGUGAAAACACGUUUCAGCAUAUUGAACCAGCAAAAAACAUAUUUACACAGUUAAGAUGCUUUAGGAUCUUCACACUGGUGAAAAAUUCCAAUCACCAUUUUCUAGCGUGGCAUGAUGCUGAAACAGUUACACAAAUGCAGAGCUAACCUUUAAAAACACGUUUACGUUGCAUGAAUAAUAAUUGUGAUGUCACGCAUAAUGCCUGAAGAUUUCAAUCUGCCCUAAACCUGACCGGACGUUCGGAAUAGGAAUCGAUGUCGAAUCGCUGGUGAAGAAUCCUGAAAAGUAUUUGCCCCGGUGCACGAUGCUGAAACAUACUUACACCAGUGUAUAAUGCGUAACAUGUUUUUAAAAAAAAAAAUGGCGUGGUGCUGAAAUACUUUAAUACCGAUGACAAAUGCAGAAACGUGUUCUGAAUGCGGCAUAACGUGUGCAUGAAAAUUGUGGAAGUAUUCAUUGUACGGCAAACUGCUGGGACAACGGCGCGAGAUGCAAAUAUGUGAAGUUUCAACUUUUUGGGAUAUGCUGUCAACGGAAAGUUGUGCCGUGUGUACGUUCCCUGUUGGGUCGUACUGUAGAAGCUCGUUAUUCAAUACGGAAUUGAUGAGAUGCCUGAUGCAUGUCGUCCCUUAAGUGUUCGUAUUGAGGACCGGAGCAGAUGAUUGACUACUACUUCCUCUUUCAUAUCAUCUUAUCCAGUGGAACGCAAAGCUGGUUGACUUCCGUGUUGCUCAAGUUUCAAAUAUAUUAAUGUACAAGGAAUUCACAUCGACUAAUUUAAUACAGCCUCCCACGGCGAGUUACAACGCAUUCUUGCGCCUCUGUAAAUAGUCGAGGAAAGACACAACCGCUGAUGCACUUUCAAUCAACUCUGAUGAACAAACAAUAACGAUGGUAGCUCCGAAAAUUGGAAAGCAGGCGGAUUGAAAAUUUUUCAUGCCCCGGGGCGCGGCUACGGAAGUAAAUAUGUGCCAACGGGAUUUGAAUUUGAAAUGUAAAGUGAUCCCAUUUUCGAUAGUUGCUACAAUUCGCUGUCUGAAAUUCACCGUCCGUGCCACCAGGCAGGGUUACUUCAGGUCAGAACCGAACACCCAACCAAUCGCAGUUACGCUUUCUUAGUCACGUGACGUCACAUACAAAGAAAGCGUUACUGCGAUUGGCUGGCUGUUUGGUUCUGACCUGAAGUAACCCUGCCUGGUGGCACAGACGGUGAAUUUCAGACAGCGAAUUGUAGCCGGUUGAAUUGUUAAUGUUCAAAAUUUACAACUGAAAUACAAACUAUUGAAAAUGUGAUCACUAUAUAUUUCAAAUUCAAAUCUUGGUGGCACAUAUUUACUUCCGUAUGAGGCUGAAAAACACCCCCCCCUUCCCCGCUGUUAUGGCGCACCCCCUAAUAAAGAAAACCACCGCUAUAUUGGAUGAAUCUGUUUAAUCAAUUCUAAAAAUAUAUAUUUGACUGUUGCAACUGUAAUUUUAACAACUGUACGAAAAGUGUUGAAGGUUACUUUGUAUUUAAUGUAUACUGUGUGUAUAUAUACAUAUAUAAACACGCACACAAAACUAAUGAAAUCCAGGAAAUGUUUUACUUCUGUAGAAAAAUCUCACUGAAGUUCAGUUGCAAAAUGCUGCAUCAACUUUUAUAGUAUCGUAAAGUUUUAAUAUUGAAUAAAUACUAUAUAUAUAUUAAAUAUAACAUUUGUCCUUGUUAAAAAAAAAAAAAUCCAAGCAAGAUGGGACUGAACUGUUUUUUUUUUUUUUUUGGAGGGUGGGGGGGAUUCUGAUAAUUCUGUAAUAUUUCCUUUACCUCUGGCCAAGAAGUGCACUUUGUAGCAACCAGCUGGAAGUUAUUGUCUCACUUCCAUUUGUGUUAUUAAUACUGUAUUGGUAUCGAUCUUUGGUGUAAUAUUUGACGUGUUAUUCUCUCAACUCAGUUUCCUCUGCCUUCAUUUCUCCUCAACUUUUCACGCGUUUGUUCCAAUUUGCACUUUUGCACACACAAAGGUGAUUUUGAGUUUUCAUUCUACGGGACGUUUGUGAGCAUUUUGGAGCGAAGCAUUGCUGUACGCAUGGGGACUGCAAAAAAAAAAAAAAAAGUCAAAGUACUUCAUUAAAAGCUUUUUGCGCUCA